GCUUGCCGCGCCGCGUUUCGACCUUUUGCGCUAGAGUAGCAUACCAGUCGCGCCGCCCUACUCCCAGACAGGAGAUGGGGAAGACCCUGGUGCGGAAAACCGUGUGGAUUCACAACAUACUUGUUGAUCUUCUCUAUUAAAAUAGGCGGGCGUCAUCCUAGGCGGACUAAAUCAGUGUAUAGGAGGAUUCUUAUCUAACCAUAAGGCGGAGGAGAUCCAGAGUGCCACGGAGGUAACGCCGUUUGAAACGGAAUGGGUCAUAAACCGUGCCGAGAGUAGGCUAAUAAACCUAAUGCCGUUUCCUCCUUUUCCCUCGGAUAUUUCAUGUUUUCAACACUGUCUCUCGCUACGGUCUGAUGAGCCAACCUAAAGUUAAGAUUCAAGGAUGAAAGAAAGCAAGCACAAAUGUAGACUGUAACUUCUCCCCGUCCGGAUCUUGCCUAUUGGAACUCGGUGGAACUCUUGUUAGUUCAAAAUGGAGAAAUCCUCAACGGGAUUGAAUAAGAAUGGCUCGCGAUCAACCGCAUCGCUACCCCCGGAACCGGCGGACAUAAUCCACAGCAAGUCAUGCUACCGCCGGGUAAGGCUCAACGUUGGGGGUCUUCCACAUGAGGUCCUCUGGCGAACAUUGGAUAGGUUACCACGCACCCGGUUAGGGAAACUACGAGACUGCAACACCCACGACUCACUCAUGGAGGUAUGUGACGACUACAAUUUGGACGAGAACGAGUACUUUUUUGACCGGCACCCAGGGGCGUUCACAUCCAUUUUGAACUUCUACCGGACCGGUAAGCUCCACAUGAUGGAGGAGAUGUGCGCCCUGUCGUUUAGUCAGGAGCUGGACUACUGGGGCAUAGAUGAGAUCUACCUGGAGUCCUGCUGCCAGGCCAGGUACCACCAAAAGAAAGAACAGAUGAAUGAGGAGCUCAAAAGAGAGCAAGACACCUUGAACGACAGAGAGGGAGAAGAGUUCGACAACACGUGUUGUGCUGAGAAACGAAAGAAACUCUGGGACCUUCUGGAAAAGCCCAGUUCGUCUGUCGCAGCCAAGAUCCUAGCCAUCAUUUCCAUCCUCUUCAUUGUCCUCUCCACCAUCGCCCUGUCCCUCAACACCCUGCCUGAGCUGCAGGACACAGAUGAGUUUGGCCAUGCCUCAGACAACCCCCAACUGGCCCAUGUAGAGGCCAUCUGUAUAGCCUGGUUCACUAUGGAGUACCUCCUCCGCUUCCUCUCAUCCCCCACCAAAUGGAAGUUCAUCAAAGGUCCCCUGAACGUGAUCGACCUGCUGGCCAUCCUUCCUUAUUACAUCACAAUCUUUCUGACAGAGUCCAACAAAAGUGUUCUACAGUUCCAGAACGUCCGGAGGGUGGUUCAGAUCUUCCGGAUAAUGCGUAUCCUGAGAAUUCUGAAGCUGGCACGUCACUCCACGGGGCUACAGUCUCUAGGUUUCACCCUGAAGAGGAGUUACAAUGAGCUGGGUCUACUCAUCCUCUUCCUGGCCAUGGGCAUCAUGAUCUUCUCCAGCCUAGUCUUCUUUGCCGAGAAGGACGAGGAUGACACAAAGUUCAAAAGCAUCCCUGCCUCCUUCUGGUGGGCCACCAUUACUAUGACCACGGUGGGCUACGGGGACAUUUACCCUAAGACUUUGCUUGGGAAGAUUGUGGGGGGUCUCUGUUGCAUUGCAGGGGUGCUGGUGAUAGCCUUGCCCAUCCCCAUCAUCGUCAACAACUUCUCGGAGUUCUACAAGGAGCAGAAGCGUCAAGAGAAAGCUGUGAAGCGUCGGGAGGCACUGGAGAGGGCGAAACGCAAUGGGAGCAUUGUCUCCAUGAACAUGAAGGAGGCGUUUGCCCGCAGUGCCGAGCUGAUGAACGUGGUGGUGGAGAAGAGCGAGAGGCUGCUGACGCAAGAUAACCACCUCUCGCCCAGCCACUGGAAGUGGACGCCCAAGCGGGCUGCCAACGCCUCAGAGACCAGCUCGGCCCACUCCUUCAACCCUGUGGAGUCCCAGACGGGUUCCCCCAGCAAGGCCAGGGCCUCCAGUCCUCAGGGGCUCAACGCUCAGAAGCUGGAGGAGAUGUAUUACCAGAUGGCCAAGACCCAGUCACAGCCCAACCUCAACGCCAACGACAACAGCUCCAGGGCUGGCAGACAGAGGGAUGAGAUAGAGCUGGGGGCCAUCCCUGGAGGUCCAGGGGACCCUAUGCUAGGGGGUCGAGAGGGGGUGGGGGACAUGAAGAGCCUGUCUAGUAUUGACAGCUACAUCAGCUGUGCUGCAGACUUCCAGGAGAAUCCACGUGGUGUCUACCCCCUAAGUCCAGCCUCCGGCCUGGCCCUCCUUGCCCAGGAGACCAGCCGCUUCUCCCAUAUCAGCCCAGCCAUGGCCCUCUCUGGGCGGGUCAGCACCAACCCUGGCCUCCAGACCACCCUGGAGCAUGAGUUUUUUUCUGCUGCAAAAAACUCAGUCUCGGACAACACUCACAACUUCAACAAACCUUUGAAAGGUGGCAGCCACUCCUACAAGGUGAAGUACCGGAGCAGUGGAGGGGAGUCGGGGCCAGGACCAGGUCGGUCGCCCAGCAGCGGUGAUCCUCUCUCAGGCAUCCUGUCUGACCGCUCCCUGCUCAGCCCGGAGACGUCCAUCUACACCACGGCCAGUAGCAGGACCCCACCCAAGUCUCCGGACAGCUCCACCCUGACCACGGCCCCGACCUCCACCCCGGUUGUCUUCACCUUCCAUGACUCCUCCAUCAGUAAGUACAUUGACGCCGAUACAGAUGACGACGAGCACCUGAGGGACAUGUCGGAUGCCACAAGCCCCUCGGAGUGCCUGCUGGCCGGCUCCAGCGCCCCCAAAUGCAGCCGGAACAUCAACAGUGGCUACAACCAUAGAGGCAUCAACCACCUGGCAUCAAGCACCACCCAGCGAAUGCUGGGGCAGAACUGCCUGUUCCCCAGCCUGGAUGGGGGGACGCGGGGGAGCGGGGGCCACACGGAGAACAAUGUGGUGCCGGAGCUGCCCCGCAGGCCCAAAGGGGACAGAGGAAAGUCUAGUACCAUGGACCAGAGCCUCUGAGCUGCAGAGGGACAUCCAGUGACAUCCAGAGAGACACGGACUAGCCGUGUGAGGAAGGCGGAGAAAGAGAAAGUGAUAGAGAGAUAGAAAGAGAAAGAGAGAGAAAGAAAUGGAAGGAAAGAGAGACACACUGUGCCGAGUCCCUUUACAAACUAACAGAAAGGGCCAGGAAAUGAGAGAGAUUCAGGGCAGAGUUUGGGCUGUGGUGUUGAAUACUCUGGGAAAAGACUUGUAGAACAGAUCGAGAACACCACUCUCCCUCCCUAUUAGCCACAGUACACUAGCUAUCACAAAACUGCAGAGAGCACUCCCAGGGACCCAUCUGAGCAGGGGCGUAGGGAGUAGGUCAAAGGUCAAAGCAAAGCAUCCUGGGAAGGGAAACUUUGUCUGUUGGUUGGUUUGGGCUGUGGUGGUUCAGGUCAAUUCAUUGGCUCUGGGGUAGGGGGAAAGAGGUGAGGCAGAAUGGAUGAAGGGGGGAACCAGGAGGCAGGGAAGAGCAAGGAGAGAUUCAUGUUGUGAGGGAUAGAAAGACAAUCAUCCCCUAUAUUCUCCAACAGUUCUACCUAUCUCAGGUGACCACUGUCCCAUUCCAGCCUGAGCCCCAGCCCAGCUCACACUGUAGUAGGGAUUCCAGAAGAAGAGUUACGGUAGACGCCAAUAAGCUACUUACUAGAGCCCCCCUAGCCCCAAACCUGCCCUUAGUCAUAUGUGUGUGUGUGUGUGUGUGUGUGUGUGUGUGUGUGUGUG